AUGGAAUAUCCUGAGAAGAAGAUAUCCGGGUCGGUAUCCCGGGUUUGGGUUCGGAAUCUCUUGGCUGAUUUGGAGUUCAAGAGGAAGCUCUGGUCCAUUUACAACCCUAAAACAGGGUAUACUGAGACGUUGGAUGAUACGACUGAGAUAGUUGUGCCGAAAGAUGAUUACGGACUUUACGCCAUUGAUAUUCUGGACCCUUCUUUCUUUGUAAGGCUCCUGCAUUUGACGGAUCUAUACCAUUUCCAUGACAUGAUCGACAUGCUCGUUGAAUGUGGAUACGAGAAAGGAACAACGUUGUUCGGAUACGGUUACGAUUUUCGACAAAGCAAUAGGAUCGGUCAGUUAAUGGACGGUCUGAAAGAGAAGCUGGAGGCUGCCUAUAAAGCGUCGGGGGGUAGAAAAGUCAAUAUCAUUUCACACUCGAUGGGCGGAUUGUUAGUGAUGUGUUUUAUAUCACUUCACUGUGACAUUUUCACCAAAUACGUAAAUAAGUGGAUUACAAUCGCCACUCCCUUCCAAGGUGCACCAGGUUGCAUAAACGACUCUAUACUUACCGGAAUGCAAUUUGUCGACGGCUUCGAAAGUUUCUUUUUCGUAUCGAGGUGGUCAAUGCAUCAAAUGUUGGUAGAGUGCCCGUCUGUUUACGAGAUGUUGCCAAACCCUGAUUUCAAUUGGAAAAAACAACCCGAGAUUCAAGUAUGGAGGAAACACUCCGAGGAUGGUGAAAGUUCGGUUACACUCGACUCCUAUGAAACUAACGAUUGUGUUUCUCUUUUUGAACAAGCAUUAGAAAAGAACGAGCUAAACUACGAGGGGAAAAAAGUGGCGCUUCCUUUCAACUUCGAGAUUCUGAAAUGGGCUGCUUCUACUCGGGAAGUUCUGAACGGGACUCAACUUCCUGACGGGGUUUCCUUUUAUAACAUAUAUGGAACAUCUGUCGACACUCCUUUUGAUGUUUGCUACGGUACAGAAUCUUCUCCCAUUGAUGAGUUAUCUGAGAUAUGUCACACGCUGCCAGAAUACUCGUACGUAGAUGGUGAUGGAACGGUCCCCUCUGAAUCAGCAAUGGCAGAUAAUUUCGAUGCAGUAGAAAGAGUUGGAGUUUGCGGAAGUCACCGGAAGCUACUAGCCGAUAAGAAAGUAUUCCAGCUCAUCCAAAACUGGUUAGGAGUUUCGACAAAUGUCAAGACGAAGCAAUAUUCUACCGCUUCGUCGAAAGUGAUGGAUGAUUCGAUAGUCGAAUCAACCUAGUUAGUACAUGUUUAAUUUAUACUGAAAAAAUUAAUGAUCGUUAUUAUCUUAUGCUCA